CGCCCCGCGCGUCCGGCCCGGGGUCCCCGCCUGGCCCGGGGGCUCCGGACACCGGGACCCCCAGAAUCCCGGGAGUGCAGCGGCUCCGGGAAGCUGCGGACGCCGGGAAGGCUCCGGAGUACCGGGAGCACCGGGAACACCGGGAGCACCGGGAGCACCGGGUCCACCCAUAAAUCUCCGGCUCACGGGGACUCCGGGACCCCGCGGGACCCCUCGGAAGGCUCCGAGCUCCGGGAGCGGCGGGAGUCUCCGGAACCCUCUGCACCCCGGAGCCACCGGGACCCCCGGGCAUGUUCCGGCGGGACGAGCGGAGCCGCGCCACGGUGGCGCGGGGGUCAGCGCUGGACAUGGAACUGCGCCGGGGCUGCUGCUGCCCCCCGGCCCCGGCCCCGCAGCCGCCUCGGUAGAGAGGGGGGGGUGGCCCCCGCUACGCCCCAGCGCUGGAUGCGGCGGGACCCCCUCGGGGGGCUUUGGGGGAACCCCCCAAAAUAGCUGGGGGGGUCCCGGGGGUCCCCAUGGAGGUGGGGGGGGGCCGCCGGCUGCGGAUCCUGGAGGAUCUCAACAUGCUCUACAUCCGCCAGAUCGCCGCCAGCAUCCAGGAGCCGGAGCUGCAGCGGGCCCUGGAGCGGGCCCUGCGGGUGCGGGAGGGCGCGCGGCGGCUGCUCCCCGCCUGCAGCCGGCCCGAGCAGGCGCUGGAGACCACCAAGACCCUGGUGCUGUGCGACGCCAGGGUGGUCGCGGCCGGCGGCGAGCUGCAGCGGCGCCAGGAGGCCCGGCUGAGGGGGGCCCGGCGCCCCUCGGAGGGCGGGCCCGGGGCUGAGCGGGUGCCGUGCCGGGGCACCGUCUGCAUCUCAGAUCUGCGCAUCCCGCUGAUGUGGAAGGACACGGAGUACUUCAGGAACAAGGGGGAGCUGCACCGCUGUGCCGUGUUCCUGCUGCUGCAGGUGGGGGCCGAGAUCCACGACACCCCCACGGUGCUGGUGGACAGGACCCUCACCGACAUCUGCUUCGAGGGAGCCGUGCUCUUCUCGGAGGCGGGCCCCGACUUCGAGCUGCGGCUGGAGCUGUACAGCGCGGGGCUGCCCGGGGGGGCGCAGGGCAGCUCCCCCCGGCGCCUGGCCACCCGCCUGGGCAGCUCGCUGGGCCGCGCCGCGGGCCGCCGGGCACGGGCACACGCCGAGGGGACAGCGGGCAGCCCCCCGGGCACCGCCGCGCUGCUGCCGCCGCCCGGCGUGCCGUGUCCCCGGUUCCAGCUGCUGGCACACACCGUGCUGUCCCUGGCCCAGGUGCACGACGGGUUCCGCACCCACGACCUCGUCAUCGCCGCCGACGAGCAGAGCCCCUGCUGGGUGCCCCUCUAUGGCCGCAUGUGUUGUCGCCUGGCGGCCCGGCCCCGCUGCAUGGACACCCCCGCGGCGACGGGGACACUGCGGCUGCAGGCUCCGGGGGCCGAGGGGCCGGGCGGGGCCCCCCUGUUCUGCGUCCUGCAGGGCCCUGGGCUGCUCUGCUACGGCAGCGCCGGCCAGGCUGAGGCAGGGCAGGAGCCCACCCUGACCAUCGCUGUCACCAAGGACACGCGGGUGCGGGCGCUGGAGGGGGGGUCCCGCGGGCAGCCCCCCGGGGUGGCCGUCACCAACCGGCUGGGCGGGGAGGAGGUGACACACGCGCUGCUGGCCGAGAGCCCCGCCGAGGCACAGCGCUGGCUGCAGGCCUUCGGGCAGCACCUCUGCGACCUGGGUGAGCCGGGACCCCCGGGACCCCCCCCCGACCCGCGGGAGCCCCGAGACCCCUGGGGGACCCUGCCCUGAGGGACCCCCGGGAU